GGAAUAGGGAAUUCAGCAGCAUUCCGGCGAACAGCGGCAGCGGUUUGGCGACUGAUAGCGGUUGUCCGCUGACCAAGAUUGAACUCCUCCAUGGAUGUAUUUGUUCAAUCACAAAUUAUGAUUCCUAUUUAGUGCAGUACUGCAGUUUAAACAUUGCCUCCUAUUUUUUUUACUUUAAAUAUGCUUUACUCCUAUUGUUGAGAUUGCUUCGUCUCAUCUCACUAUAGAUAUGUGUCAUUGUGUCAAUUGAAGUGAAAUGAAAUUACCAGCUAUCUUCAUGAUUAUUUUUCGGUAAUAAUUACAUGUAUUAUUAUUAUGAAAUACUACUUGUGCGGAAUAUUGCCUCAUGAUUUUAGGGUGAUUACUUUUCAAUCAUAUAGCAUAGCAUUUACUCUUAUUAUUUCUUGCCAUUUAUAUUCUGUAAUGGUUGUACUUUAAAAAGGGAUGAUUGAGAAUAUGCCAGACACGGCUUUUACCAAUCCUUCAUGGUAUCAGAGCCUUAAAAAGAAAACCAUGGCCGGUGAUGAACCACCGCCACCUCCUUUACGCUUAGACAUUACAUCUCUGUAUUAUCUUGGUCCGCAAGACCGUCCAGGAGACUUCAUUACUCCAACUCGUCUCUGUGGAGAGAACUACAAUGAGUGGGCGGAUGAUAUACAGACCGCGCUGGAAGCCCGGAGGAAGUUCGUCUUCUUGGAUGGGACGAUUACCUCACCGUCUUCUUGUACUGCAAUGGACUGGAAAAUGAUUCACGCUAUGCUGGUUUCAUGGAUUAUGAAUACCGUAGAUCCUGAAAUCAAAUGCACUUUGUCCAAAUAUAAAGAUGCGAAGCAACUCUGGGACACUCUGAAGACCAGAUUCGCUACAGUAAACGGACCACAAAUUCAGCAAUUGCGGAAGGCAAUUGCGAGAUGUGAGCAGCCAAAGACCAUGCCUGUAGUCAAAUACUUCGGUAAAUUGACUACUCUAUGGGAAGAAUUGAAUAAACAUGAACCAUUAAUCACAUGCUCUUGUUGCAGUAAGUGUACAGCCGGUGCAGAACAUGAAAAACGACGUGAGAGUACUCGACUCCACGAUUUUUUAAUGGGUUUGAAUGCUGAACAUCAUGCUCAAAUUCGUUCUAAUAUUUUGUCUAAUGAUCCAUUGCCUACGUGAUAUGCACUAGUUUGUAGUGCAUAAAUGUAUGUUUUUAUAUUUAUUCUGUGUGGAUUGUUUACCGUUUUUAGUUAGUUUUUAAGCAAUCAUCUUCAUUUGUUUGUAAUUGAUUUUAAUCAUUUUUAGUAAGUUGUAAAGUAGUAGUAGAGUUAUUGGCAAGGAAAAGAAGUGAAAAGAAGAAGAAAAAUACCCAUGUGCACAGACCCGGCCGGGUCAGACACUUCACCCGGUCGGGUCUGAUUUAACAGAUACAGGUACUCAGGAAAUUAUAUCACCCGGUCGGGUGAGGUAUUUCACCCGGUCGGGUCCGACUUGACCCGGAACACCAGAACGUGCCGAAGAUCGCUAGAACGUGGACGAUAUUUGAUUUUGACAUGCACCCGGUCGGGUGGGCACUUUACCCGGUCGGGUACCCGGCCAAAGGUGUUGAAAAACACCUAUAAAUAGCCCCAUUUUCCUUCACUUUUAAACAUCCCUUCUUCCAUACUCUUAAGCUCAGUUUAGAAUAGUAUUUCUUUUAUAUUUUUA